AAAAACAGACGAUCAGAUUCACCUUCAGACCAAACUCACAACUUCCUCUGAGUUCAGCUACAGGAGAGAAAAGUGGAAACUACAACACUGCUGCUUCAACCUGCGGACCCUCCACCCCCUGAAGAGAGACAGACCGACUGAAAAACAGACGAUCAGAUUCACCUUCAGACCAAACUAACAACUUCCUCUGAGUUCAGCUACAGGAGAGAAAAGUGGAAACUACAACACUGCUGCUUCAACCUGCGGACCCUCCACCCCCUGAAGCUUCACUCAGAGACAACAUGGCUUCCAGGUUAGAGGAAGAUCUCUGCUGUCCGGUCUGUCAGGAAGUCUUUAGAGAUCCUGUUCUCCUGUCCUGCUGCCACAGCUUCUGUAAAGCCUGUCUGCAGACCUGGUGGGAUGGGAAAGAAGUAAAGGAGUGUCCAGUUUGUAAGAGAAAAUCUUCAAAGGACUUCGUUCCUUACUUUGCUUUAAAGAACCUGUGUGAGACCUUCUUACUGGAGAGAGAUCAGAGAUCUCCAGAGGCUCUCUGCAGUCUGCACUCUGAGAAACUCAAACUCUUCUGUCUGGACCAUCAGCAGCCAGUGUGUCUCAUCUGCAGAGAUUCAAAAACACACACCGACCACAGAAUCAGACCCAUGGAUGAAGCUGCUCAGGAUCUCAGAGAGGAGCUCCAGAAAUCUCUGCAGCCCUUUCAGGAGAAACUGAAGCUCUUUGAAGAAGUUAAAGUGAAGUUUGAUCAAACAGCAGAACACAUGAAGGUCCAAGCUCAACACACAGAGACGCAGAUUAAGGAGCAGUUUAAGAAGCUUCACCAGUUUCUAGAAGAGGAAGAGGAGGCCAGGAUGGCUGCACUGAGGGAGGAAGAGGAGCAGAAGAGGAGGAUGAUGGAGGAGAAGAUGGAGGCUGUGAGCAGAGAGAUAGCAGCUCUUUCACACACAGUCAGAGCCACAGAGGAGGAGCUGAGAGCUGAAGACGUCUCCUUCCUGCACAGCUACAAGGCUGCAGUGGAGAGGCUGCAGCGCCCCCUGCUGGAGGAUCCACAGCUGCCCUCAGGAGCUCUGAUAGACCAGGCCAAACACCUGGGCAACCUCAGCUUCAACAUCUGGAGCAAGAUGAAGGACAUGGUGUCCUACUCUCCUCUCAUCCUGGACCCAAACACUGCUCAUCCAUUCCUCUUCCUGUCUGAAGAUCUGACCAGUGUGAGACUAGCAGAGGAGGAAGAAGAGGAACUUCCUGAUAAUCCAGAGAGGUUUGAUGAAUACCUCUUUGUCCUGGGCUCUGAGGGCUUUAACUCAGGGACUCACAGCUGGGAUGUCCAGGUUACAGACAGUACAUACUGGUUACUUGGUGUGUCAGCAGAGUCUCUCCAGAGGAAGGGAAGCAUAAAGUCUGGAUUAUGGAGAAUAGCUUUCUCUAAAGGUGAAUACUCAGCACGGUCACUACCAGUUCCAGAAACUCCUCUCAGUCUGAAGAAGGAGCUCCAGAGGGUCAGAGUGAAUCUGGACUGGAACAGAGGAAAGUUGUCGUUCUCUGAUCCUGACACAAACACACACAUACACACCUUCACACACACUUUCACUGAGAAGAUGUUUCCAUACAUCAUCACUGUGGAGGAAGUGAAGAUAUUACCGCUGAAGGUGUGUGUGACAGUGGAUCAGAGCAGGUAGAGAUAAACAUCUCUUAAAGGGAUCGUUCACUGACCUCUGAACCUGUCCUCCUGCUGGCUCUUUAUUCUAAACAUGUUUUUAUUCUUGUUGUUAUUGAGUUUGAUAAUCUGCUUUUUGAUCAUACUGUCAACCUUUAUUAAAUUGAAACACGUGCAUUUAGCUGACACUUUAAUCCAAGUAACAUCAUGUUCAUCAAAUAUGCUGAUCUGCUUCCUUUAGAGGAAAUAAGAGAUAUAUAUUCUUUCCAUUUGAAAUGAUCUCACCCAGAUUCAGAUCUUUAUGUCAGGUUAUAGUUCAACCUUCUCUGUUUUAUUGAUUCUAUGUCGUUAUAAAUUGUUAAUCUGUUAUUUGUGCAUGAUGGGAAAAUAAAUAAUAUGUUUAAUCCAA